AUUUAUAGUAAUAAGACUGGUCCUUGCAAAAUGUAUGCCGUGAUAUUUCUGUUUUAUCUCGGAAGUACCUAUUGAAUAUCAAGCUGCAGUACUGUUUAGCUCGAAGUCCGCUUUCUCAUUCUCAUUUACGAGAGAAGAAUGACUGAAUUAAAUGAUGAAAAUGUCCGUUUGUUAAUACGGUGUGCGUUACAAUCAUUCGAUGAUUUAUCCAUAAAUUGUCUUUCGUCAUGGACCGUUCUUCAACUUAAAGAAAAACUCGCCGUGGAUUGUCCUUCGAAACCGGAAGCUAAAAAACAGCGUCUGAUCUAUGCUGGACAUUGCUUACAUGACGACCAUACUCUUAAGUCAGUGUUUGAACUUCGACCAAUCGAUGAUGGGAAUGUUCACGUGAUACAUCUUGUUUGUCCUCCCAAAGAUUUUAAUACUCAUGUGGGUGCAUCAGUGCUCAGAAGGCGUAAUGCCAAUCAUACACAGGCAAGCUCAAUUUCUUUGAGAAGUGCAGCACAAGUACAGAAUCACAAUGUCAAUGGUGGUUUCCCGUUUUACACAUAUCCUCUGUGGGGCAACGCUGCUGUUCAAGGAAGUUUUGCUACACCACAAUCAAUGCUUGUUUCUUCAAGUGCUCACUUUCAAAACGCAUAUCAAGCAUACAUGAUUUCAUACAACAACUAUGUGUAUCAGAUGAUGACUGCAUUAGAAAACAGUUCCAGUGAUAUUCACUUUCCAUCUCAGUUCCUAUUGAACAGUCAACAGACAGUGUUACAGUCACCACAGCAAGCUAAUCAACGAGAGAGGGCUGGACCGAAUUUGGCUGCAGCUCCUGCUGCAGGUGGUAUAGUUCAAGAAGCGGUAGCUGGUGAUGUUGAUGGUCAGCAGCGAGAUUUUUUGGAUGCUAUUUACAAGGCAAUCCGGAUGUGUCUUUUGGUAAUGCUAGUUUAUGUGUAUUCAUCUGCGGAACGAUUUUUUGGUGUACUGAUAUUUAUCUUGCUGGUUUGGUUCAUACAAGCAAGGCGUGAUCGAAAUAAUCGUGAAAGAGCGGAUAGAGAAUUUGCUGCUGCUAUUGAUAAUGUUCGCCAACCGCAAGAGACCGAUGUGGGCCACGAUCAUGGUACAGACGGAAGCGCGAUCGAGGCAGUGACGACAGGAAUUGAUGAGGAUGAACCACGGGAACCAACGGCAUGGGUGGUUUUCUGGAGCACCUGCUACACGUUCAUCACAUCCUUCUUCUCAUCACUUAUUCCGGAUAACCCACUGCCUGUUAAUGUCAAUUAAUCCUAAAUAUGUUAUCGUUUUUGUGUAGCAUGUUUGUUUUGAAAUAACUGGCGAAUGGCAAAAUAUUUUUUAUGAUUCGCGAUUCAUGGAGAAAUAUGUAUUCGAAACAUUUUGUAAAUACAUCGUCUGCUUUCCACUUUGUAAUACUGCACAACAUUGUAAAAGCUACCAUAUCAAUGGAAUCCUGCUCGUAAGAAUAAUUUUGGCAGCGCUGUGCGAAGCAUCCAAGAAAUUAGUUAGAUCGAAGUAUAAGUUUCUAAGUCAUAUGUUUUAAAGAGUCUAAAACAUGUAGUAAUAUUAAGUAUAGGCGAGUUUUGUCUCUUGAAUCUGCGUGAAGAAAAUAUUUUUCAAAACGCCAUGUGUGUCGUCUGUACGAAUUAUAAUGGAAAGUGAUAUAAAGUUAUAAAGGUUCUACGAAUCAAGCCAAGAGUCUCUGUCUUUACG